GUUUUACUUUUUCUUUUCUUUACCCUUGGCCGCGCUCUCUCUCUCUCUCUCUCUGUGAGUGAAGCUUUUGGAGUCCCGAAGCCUCUGUUUCUCUAGAGCUCCAUCUGCGUUGACGUUGUUGCGUGCGGAUGUGUUCCGUUGCCCGACGGGUGCUUUUGUUGCAUUUGAUUGUGAGCUGGCGUUUCAGCGUGCGGUUAUGCAGUUCGAUUAGAAGUAGUCGAUUCGUGAAAGGGAGGGAGGGAGAUUGAGUUUUUGGGACUUCGUCUCUGGGAGGGUUGUGCGUGGUGAUGGAUCGAGUGCGUUAGUGUUAAUGGUUGGAACUGAGAUGGCGUGGGUACGAUAUGAGGGUGGAGAGCGCAGAGGUAGAUGAGAUUAGGGUGUGUUACUUAGGGUUAUGGAGGUAGAUGCGUCUGGAGGAAUGGGGGAGCAGGAGGAGGUUGAGCGGCACGGUGAGCAGGAAGUGCAGACGAUAGAGCAGGAUGGAGAGAAAGAGAACAAGCUCGAGCAGGUGAAAAAGGGCGAGGAUGAAGAGGUGGACCGGAAACAGACCGAGGCAUUGACAGGAACGGCGAAUGUGGUGUCGGAGCCUCGUUCAGGGGAUACUUGGGGAGGAGAGGCUGUGACGUCGCCGCCUGCUGUGGCUUCAGUGGAGCAAGCGUCGCAGCAAGCUGCUCCAUCAGCGCCGGUUCAGCAGAACUCUCAUCCGCAGCAUCAACAGCUGUCUGGACCUCGACCGGCGCCUACGUACAGGGUUGUGAACUCUGUAAUUGAAAAGCGAGAUGACGGGCCUGGUCCACGUUGCGGCCAUACAUUGACGGCUGUGGCCUCUGUGAAUGAAGAAGGCUCCCCUGGAUAUAUUGGUCCGAGGCUUAUUCUUUUUGGUGGGGCGACGGCCUUGGAGGGGAGCAGCGCGGCUGGUCCUCAAGCUGCCUCGUCUGGAGCUGGCAUUCGUUUGGCAGGUGCUACUGCAGACGUGCACUGUUAUGACGUGCAGUCUAACCAAUGGACAAGGAUUACACCUGUCGGAGAUCCUCCUUCGCCUCGAGCUGCUCAUGCAGCAACUGCUGUAGGCACUAUGGUGGUGAUUCAGGGAGGCAUAGGACCGGCCGGGCUCUCUACGGACGAUCUACAUGUUUUGGACCUAACUCAAGCUAAGCCGAGAUGGCACAGGGUGGUUGUACAAGGACCAGGUCCAGGCCCUCGCUAUGGUCACGUAAUGUCCUUAGUUGGACAACGAUUUCUUCUCUCCAUCAGCGGAAACGAUGGCAAACGCCCACUCGCGGAUGUAUGGGCCCUUGAUACAGCGGCCAAGCCCUACGAGUGGAGGAAGCUGGAGCCAGAAGGCGAUGGCCCUCCUCCAUGCAUGUAUGCGACAGCGUGUGCACGAUCUGAUGGUCUAUUACUACUUUCUGGUGGAAGGGAUGUCCAUAGUAUGCCACUUGAUAGUGCAUAUGGCCUUGCAAAGCAUCGUGAUGGUAGGUGGGAAUGGGCAGUAGCACCUGGCAUAUCUCCAUCUCCAAGAUAUCAGCAUGCAGCUGUAUUUGUAAAUGCAAGACUACAUGUUUCCGGCGGAGCUCUUGGUGGCGGGAGAAUGGUUGAGGACUCUUCUAGUGUGGCAGUUCUGGACACAGCUGCUGGAGUGUGGUGUGAUAGAAGAGGGGUAGUCACAAGCCCACGAACAGGGAGGUAUAGUAAUGAUGCAGCUGGUGGGGAUGCAAUUAAUGAAUUAACAAGACGUUGUCGGCAUGCUGCUGCCUCUGUAGGUGACCUUGUUUUCAUGUAUGGCGGCCUUAGAGGAGGAGUAUUGCUGGAUGAUUUAUUGGUAGCAGAAGACCUAGCAGCAGUGGAAACCACGCCUGCUGCUUUGCAUGCAGCGGCGGCAUCACAUCACUCAUUCUCGCCCCAUAAACCUCAGGAAGUGCGGAAAGUACCACAUCCUGAUUCUCUAGGAGCUGAUGGAGCUUCUGUCUUGAUGGCUAAUCCAGUCGCUGCACCCGUGAAUGGCGAUACAUCAAUGGAUAUAAGCACUGCAAAUGCUUUGUCACAUGGACACAGGAAUGAAAGAAGAGGAGUCGAGUCCCUUGUGGAAGCUUCUACUGCUGAAGCAGAAGCAAUAAGUGCUGCCUUGGCCGCUGCUGAAGCUAAAUUUCGUGAUCAGAAUGGAGAAAUUGAGCCGCAUAGUUCCGAUAAGGAUCGAGAAGCUGAAGCCACUCCAAGUGGGAAACCACCUUCUUCACCAUCCCCAAGGUCUCUUAUGAGUCUGAACAGACCAUCCAUUCCCGCCACGCCAGUUCACACUCCCCCUGCGGGUGUGAGGCUGCAUCAUAGAGCAGUUGUCGUAGCAGCGGAGUCGGGAGGUGCUCUAGGUGGACUAGUUAGGCAACUUUCAAUUGAUCAGUUUGAGAAUGAGGGACGGCGAGUCAGCUAUGGAACUCCUGAUAAUGUCUCUUAUGCAAGACAAUUAUUAGAUCGUCAAAUGUCUAUAAGUGGUGUGCAGAAAAAGGUACUGUCGUACUUGCUCAAACCGCGAGGCUGGAAACCACCCACGAAACGACAUUUUUUCUUGGAUUGUGAUGAAAUAGCUGAUCUUUGUAAUACAGCAGAAAGACUUUUUGCCCAAGAACCGAGUGUGCUACAAAUAAGAGCCCCCGUAAAAAUCUUUGGUGAUCUACAUGGUCAAUUCGGAGAUCUCAUGCGCUUGUUUGACGAAUACGGUUCCCCGUCCACAGCAGGAGAUAUUACUUAUAUUGAUUACCUUUUCUUGGGAGACUACGUCGAUAGAGGGCAGCACAGCUUAGAAACAAUCACUCUUCUACUCGCCCUGAAGAUUGAGUAUCCAACAAAUGUUCAUCUCAUUCGAGGCAAUCAUGAAGCUGCUGAUAUAAAUGCCCUGUUCGGUUUUCGUAUUGAAUGCAUAGAGCGCAUGGGGGAGCGUGAUGGCAUUUGGGCAUGGCAACGGAUCAAUCAGCUCUUUAAUUGGUUGCCACUUGCAGCUUUGAUUGAGAAGAAGAUCAUCUGUAUGCAUGGUGGUAUUGGACGGUCUAUUAAUUAUGUGCGCCAGAUUGAAGAUCUGCAACGUCCUAUCACUAUGGAGGCUGGUUCUGUUGUGCUCAUGGACCUUUUGUGGUCUGAUCCAACUGAAAAUGAUAGUGUUGAGGGUCUGCGUCCAAAUGCACGAGGUCCAGGCUUGGUAACCUUUGGGCCGGAUCGUGUUAUGGAGUUCUGUAAGAAUAAUGAUCUCCAGCUCAUUGUGAGAGCUCAUGAAUGUGUAAUGGAUGGCUUUGAACGAUUUGCCCAAGGUCACUUGAUCACCUUAUUUUCUGCUACAAAUUAUUGCGGAACGGCGAAUAAUGCAGGAGCAAUUUUGGUUCUCGGGAGGGAUUUAGUCGUAGUUCCCAAGCUUAUCCAUCCACUCCCACCUGCGAUCACCUCGCCUGAGCACUCUCCUGAACACCAUCUUGACGACAUUUGGAUGCAGGAACUAAAUGAGCACAGACCUCCUACACCUACGAGAGGACGUCCUCAGCCUGCACACGAUCGUGGCUCCUUAGCUUGGAUUUGAUAGUUGUCAAUCCCAACAAGUCAUAAUGCCUGCACACAUCUGUGCCGAUAGCAAAUAUUGUUCUAGGUGUUGUAAAGUAUAUUUGUGACUCCUUCAGACUUGAUCCACAUCCGCCGUUUUUUUUUUGAAGGCGAUGAGUUGUGACUAUAGUCAACCAGGUGUAAGUAGGAUUAAACUGCAGGGAGGGACAGUGAUUGUGGAUAGAAUGUGAAAUGAGAAUCACAAUAAUAACAGGCACAUGUCACUCCCUUUCAAAAAAAAAAAACAUGUAUUUUUAGCUAUGAAGUUGGUAAUUUCUUGUU